CACUCCACGCGCGUGACUUUCUAUCAAUUGUCUGAACUCUCUUCUUCAUCUUCUUCUCCCCCCACUGCCUCUUUCUUCGAAUUAGCAAAAAAGAGCGACCAGUGUGAGUGACAUUAGAAAAGAACUAUAGAGCAGCGAAUUUCUCUUGAUCACCGGAAACGUAACUCCUCCGGACGACGAAGUUAAACCGUCUUCCGGCGGAGUUUCCCGGUUAAGAAAAAAUGUCACACGUUUUUUACGAGGCAGCAACAUCUCCCGCUUAAACCCCUUUUUAAGACAGAAACAAGAAAACAAAAUAUCACUCUCUCAAAAAAACCCACCUCGAAAGUUCCGAUCUUUUUCAAUGUCGACGACGAACGCUCCCACGCCACCUCCGGAGACGGCGAUCGACGGGUUAACGACCGACGAGCUAACAACGAAAGCUUUGAACAAAAGAUACGAAGGGUUGCUGACGGUGAGGACCAAAGCAGUGAAAGGCAAAGGCGCGUGGUACUGGACUCAUCUCGAACCAAUCCUCGUCCGCAACACCGACACUAACCUCCCCAAAGCAGUGAAACUCCGCUGCUCCUUAUGCGACGCCGUUUUCUCCGCCUCCAACCCUUCACGCACCGCCUCCGAGCAUCUCAAACGCGGCACGUGUCCCAAGUUCAACUCCUCCGUCAAUGUCAACCCUUCUCCUUCCUCUUCCUCCUCUUCCCCUUCUCACCACCGGAAACGAAACUCCUCCGGCGCGGCCGUUCCUUCUCGUCUCAACCCUCCUCCACACUCUUACCACGUGACGCCGAUAACCGUCGUGGAUCCCUCCAGAUUCUGCGUCGAGUACUCUGCUCCUCCUCCUCCGCCGCAGGGGCAGCAUUUGAUGCUCUCCGGCGGGAAAGACGAUUUGGGUCCGUUGGCUAUGCUCGAAGACAGCGUGAAGAAGCUCAAGAGUCCCAAACCGUCUCACACGCAGUCUCUCACGAGGUCGCAGAUAGAGUCAGCUCUGAGCUCUCUCUCCGACUGGGUCUUCGAAUCUUGCGGCUCUGUUUCUUUAUCGGGUCUGGAGCAUCCGAAGUUUCGAGCUUUUCUCACCCAAGUCGGGUUACCGAUCAUCUCCAAGAAAGACUUCGCCACGACGAGACUCGACGUGAAGUACGAGGAAGCUAAGUCAGAGUCCGAAUCAAGAAUCCGAGACGCCAUGUUCCUCCAAAUCUCAUCGGACGGGUGGAAGUCAGGAGAGGGACUAGUGAAUCUGGUCGUGAAUUUACCAAACGGGACGAGUCUGUACAGAAGGGCGAUUCCGGUGAACGGAGUUGUACCGUCGAACUACGCGGAGGAGGUUCUGUUGGAGACUGUGAAGGGUAUUUGUGGUAAUUCACCUCAGAGGUGCGUUGGGAUAGUUUCGGAUAAGUUUAAGACCAAAGCGCUGAGGAGCCUUGAGAGCCAGCAUCAGUGGAUGGUCAACCUGUCGUGUCAGUUCCAAGAGCUUAACAGUUUGAUCAAAGACUUCGUCAAAGAGCUGCCUUUAUUCAAAUCCGUCUCGCAGAACUGCGUGAGACUCGCCGAGUUCGUUAACAACACGGCGCAGAUACGUAACGCUCACUGUAAGUAUCAGUUGCAAGAACACGGCGAAGCAAUAAUGCUUCGGUUACCGUUGAGUUGUAGUAGUAGUGGUAGUAGCAAGGCUUGUUUCUUGGAGCCGUUGUUUAAUCUACUUGAGGAUGUGUUGAGUUCCGCUAGAGCGAUUCAGAUGGUAAUGCAUGAUGAUGCUUGUAAGGCUGUUUUAAUAGAGGAUCAUACGGCUCGGGAGGUUAGAGAGAUGGUUGGAGACCAAGGGUUUUGGAACGAGGUGGAGGCGGUCCACGCUUUGAUCAAGCUUGUCAAAGAGAUGGCUCGGAGAAUAGAGGAAGAGAAGCUGCUUGUUGGGCAAUGCCUGCCUUUAUGGGAAGAGCUAAGAGCCAAGAUUAAAGAUUGGGACUCUAAGUUCAACGUAGGAGAAGGACUUGUCGAGAAACUCGUUGAGAGAAGAUUCAAGAAGAGUUACCACCCGGCUUGGGCUGCUGCUUUCAUACUAAACCCUCUUUACUUGAUAAGAGAUAGCACCGGGAAGUAUCUUCCUCCGUUCAAAUGUUUGACACCAGAGCAAGAGAAAGAUGUGGAUAAGUUGAUAACAAGGCUUGUGUCUAGAGACGAGGCACACAUUGCGUUGAUGGAACUUAUGAAGUGGAGAACAGAAGGGCUUGAUCCUAUGUAUGCAAGGGCGGUUCAGAUGAAAGAGCGUGACCCGGUCUCUGGAAAGAUGAGGAUAGCUAAUCCUCAAAGCAGUAGGCUUGUUUGGGAGACGUAUCUUAGCGAGUUCAGGUCACUAGGGAAAGUUGCUGUGAGGCUCAUUUUCCUCCAUGCAACUACUUGUGGGUUCAAAUGCAAUUCCUCUCUUUUGAAAUGGGUAAACUCGCAUGGACGGUCACAUGCGGCUAUAGAUAGAGCUCAGAAGCUUAUCUUUAUAUCGGCUAAUUCGAAAUUCGAGAGAAGAGAUUUCUCUAAUGAGGAGGAUAGGGAUGCAGAGCUGCUAGCCAUGGCUAAUGGUGAUAAUAAUUUGCUUAAUGAUGUUCUUGUUGAUACAUCCUCUGUGUGAGUUUUAAGUUUGACAUUUUGUAGGAUUAUUUGGAUUCUUUUCUUUCAUAGCUAUUACCCUUUACUAGAUCAUUAAUAUUCAAUUUGUACUUGGUUUCUUUAGAAGUUGAGAAAGAGAUGACAUAUCAUCCAUGUUGAGUGUUUUGUAUUUCUUUAGCCUAUAUAACCAUAAUAUUUGGUUAUUUCAAAUUUACAAAGUUGUAGU